AUGAUUCACAGUAUGGUCGUACGAAAUAUAAAAUAUUAUUUCCUGUUUUUGUGUAAUUUAAUUCUACAUUAAAAUAUUUAAGAUUCUAAGAUAAUAUUAAACAGAAGAACUUUAACCGGCAUUCUUCGACAGAUACCACAAUGAAUAUUUUUACGGUGUUGUACUUAUUGCCUUAUGUGUUACUUUUGCCGCAAAUAGCAACCACGGCUGUUGUAAUCGGCCAAGAGGCAGAAAACGACGUUCAAAAUCUGUUGCUGGAAAAUGAUUUAAAAACUAAUGAAAGCGAUGGAUCCACUGCAAUUGAUCAAAAAAGUACAAGUAACAACGAAACACCACCAAAAACAUUGAACACAGUCUUUAAAAUAAUGUCAAAAGGAAAUGAACUUAAAAAUCAAUAUGGUUUCGUAAUUCCAAAAUUGGCAUCUAUGAUGCUAAAAGGUGGUUUGUCAAUGAAUCCAUUCAGACUUAUUAGUUUUUUACCGUAUAUCAUGCUAGCAUUACAAAAGGCAAACGCACCUCCAGUGGUUGAUCAGAGCAGCAAUCAGAUAGUUGAACUCAACCACACAGAUCUGGCAUCGGUACUCGAGUAUCCUGAACUGUUCAGAAAAAUUUUUUCGAAAGAUGGCAGCAGUAAAUUGGCAGUUGAUUCGUUAAAACUGUUGGCAGGCCAAGAAGCUAGUGCUGACAUAGAUAAACUAAUAGACGAUAUAGAGACCCAUGCAACCGAUAUAAAAGACGGUAAGAUUGGGAUAAAUGGUCAACGACUUGUUGAUAUUCUAGAAAAUUCUGAAACUUUUAAAAAGUUAUUCCAGACGGACCAACUUACAAUUAAAAGUCUGAACUACAUGAACGCUUAUAUGGAUUCUUAUUUAAGCACAGACGUUAAAGAUAUAAAAAAUGAAGUCUUGAAUGAAAUGCGAGACAUAAAAAAUAUUCGUCAAAAAAAUCAAGAUAUAAGUAAUAACUCUGUAAAAGAAAUGGUACGAGGAACAUUUUCAGACGGUGUAACAGCUUUUUUCAAAAUCGGGCAGAAAAAAAUUAAUGAAAAGUUACAAAGUUUAAGUUCAGACGCUGACAAAAAUUUUGCUGAUUGGAAACGAAUGUCCGCUCCAAGUACCGGAAAUAACGAUUCUCCUACUUCAGGAGGACUUAAAAAUACAAUUAUAAAUAAUUCGCCGGAUGUAGUCUUGAAAUUAUUUGCUACGGGAAGCGUAAUCAAGGAUAGAUAUGGUCAUCUAAUUCCACAAUUAGCAUCGUAUUUUUUACCAGUUGGUUUAUCAAUGGACGCUUUGAAAUUCAUGUGUUUAGUAACGUAUGUUAUGCUUAUUGUGAAAAAAGAAAAUAUGAUUCCAGAGAUGAGAAAAGACAACAUUUCCGUACCAGGGUUAAAUACUGAAAGAAUAAUUGAUAUACUCAAUAAUAAUGAAAUGAUGGCGAAAAUAUUUCCACUCGACAAUCAUUCAAAUGUUAGAGUAGAAAUGUUAAAAUUCUUAGGUGGUCAAGAAGUCAAUGUAAUAGAUAAUCUUGUCGCUGAACUGAAAAAAAUGAAAAGCGCAAAGGGAGGCGAUCCUACUCAAAACAAGUUAACUAUAUUUGAUGUAUUACAAAAUAUUGAGUUAUUUAAAAAGUUAUUUGCGAUGAAAGAGUAUGCAGAUGUGAAAAUGAAAAGUUACUUUGGCGUCGACUUCAGUCAACUUAAAAACGAGAUCGUUGAUGAAAUGAAUAAAAAUAAUAACGAUCAGGAAACUAGUAUUUUCAGUUCUGUCGUUCCCAAAUCAGUAUCCAACGCGCUAAUGGCUGUAUAUAAAGUCGGCGUAAGAAAAGCAAAUGACCAAAUGGGAAGUGUCAAUGUAGAUAUCCAAAAGCAAGCUGAUCAAAUGACGAAAGCUCCUGGUCCAUCCGAAACUGAAAGUACUGCAUCGGGAUUAUUUAGAAAAGCCAUAAAUAUGGCACCAAAACCAGUUUUAUACGGCCUAGCUGGAGGGAAGGUCGUGGCAAACCGAUUCAGUAGUUUCUUUAGGAAAACAAACAGUGAUGCACCAGCUAACAGUGAAGUGGCUGUUGCACCAAACAAUUGAAAAUGUCAUAGAAAUGGAUUUUUAAAAGAGUUUUUAAGCACGUCAUUUAUUCAGAUAAAAUUUGUGUCAUUUUUCUUAUUAAAUGAAAAAUAACAACAUUUAA